AUGUCCGAUACGGAUGAACGCCCUCCGCGCAAAUACCCCAUCAUUGUGAUAACUGGAACUCCUGGGACCGGAAAAUCGACAUGCAGAGCUGUUAAAGAAAAGGGACUGCAUGAGGGAUUUGACGAGGAGUGGCAGAGCUAUAUUGUCGAUGAAGACAAGGUUAUCGAUGAAAUCGAGCCUAUGACAGUAAACGGGGGGCUGAUCCUCGACUGGCAUACAUGCGAUGCGUUCCCGGAGAGGUGGGUUGACCUCGUGGUUGUGUUGAGGUGCGACCAUACCAAACUGUGGGAACGGCUAGAGGCUAGGCGAGUUCAAGCCCUUUUCACCCCCCCCCUUUGUAAUGGAUUGACUUACUUGGGAAUACUUCGGGUUAGGAACUACCCUCUUCAAAAGAUACAAGAAAACAAUACAUCGGAAAUUAUGCAAACAGUAUUAGACGAAGCCAAAUCAUCAUAUGCAGAGGAGAUCAUUGUGGAGCUCAAGAGCGAAAAUACGGAAGAUCUGGAGGCUAAUGUGUCCAGAAUAUGCACUUGGGUUGAUAGCUGGAUGAAGGAUCAUGGUGGAGAUUCGUAA